AUGCCUAGAAACGAGAACCCCGGAAACUUUGCCAAUCGCCCUACGGAAGAAGUUCAAGAGAUUGCGUCAAAGGGAGGACAGUCAAGUCAUUCAGGUGGCUUUGCCGGUAUGGAUGCUGACAAGCAGAGAGACAUAGCCUCCCAGGGAGGUCAGGCAUCAUCUGGCUCGUUUGAACCUGGAAGCAAGAAGGCCCAGGAGGCUGGUAGGAAGGGUGGUUCGAAGUAG